AUGGCGUCCGCCGGAAUCAGCAGCAUGGGGAAUGGCAAGGCCGUGCGUGCGCUGCUCGCCAUCGUCGCCGUCAUCGCCGGUACGCUCCGUCAUUCGCUCCGCUCUCUCGCCCCGCGCUCUCAUGCGCCAUCGUGCUCACGCCGUCAUGCGUUCAAUGCACCACUCGACAGCGCGCACACGCGAUGGAUGCCCAACGAACUCGCUCCUUCGUCCGUGCCCCUCCCAUGCCACAUGCCGCUCCCUUGCAGCGUGUCUCCCCCAGCCGUCGCAAGCAGCAGCAGCAGCGAGCGUGUCGGUCCCAGUGCCGAUAGGCACGCCGAUGACAAUCAACGGGCGCACAUUCAAAUUCUCGCCGCGCCGCUGUGUCAACCUUCCCGCCAUGUCGCCGUCUCAGAAGGCGCGGGUGGUGGUGCCGUGGCAGCAGGCGAGCAUGUCUGGCAAGGCUAUGUGCCGCGCGAUCUGGUUCUUCCAGGAUCCCGCGUGCAAAGGACAGACGUUGGACGUUUUCGUGAAUGGCCAACAGAGGUGCGCCUUCCAUUCUUGCUCGCCUUGCUUCCAUGCUCCUAUGCUCUUGAUGCCGCUCGUUUGCUCCCCCACCUGAUCAACGAUCGUUGCACUCGUGGCGCCCUCCCUCCCCCUGUGUGCAGUGAGAAGCGCAUCUCCGGUGCAGCAAGGUCCGCCCUCUGCCUCGUAGUCCAGUUCGCUGCGCUGCAGAGCGCACGACGCGAGUGGGUGGCAGGCUGCCGCGCCUCAUCUCUGCAUUCGCCUUCCCCCUUUUCCCCCCCUUCCCCGUUUCCCCCUUUCCCCCGGUCCGCACGGCGCUGUGCGGCAGACAACAUGUGUCGGUAUGCGCGCUGCCCUGCCGGCUCUGACACAUGCACCCCACCCACGGACGACCGCACGGCAGUGACGUGCGCGUGCAAGAAAGGCUACAGCGCGGUCAACAACAAAUGCCAGCCUCCCAGUGAGCUUCGUAUGGUUUCGCUCCGCUCAGCAUGGUCUCGUUGCCGCAACUCUCUCCUCCUCCGCCCUCCCUCGCCUGCUCUGCUCUCUCUGAAUGCUUCCUUGUCCGGAUGGACCCAUGUGCUCACCUGGCCUCCCUCUCUCUCUCCUUGCCUCUGCUGCAGAACCCUCGUGCCUCACUGCAGGCUGCCCUGCCAACUCCGAGUGUGCCAAACGCACCAGUGGCACUGGAAUGGAGUGCAAGUGUAA